CUGGGUAUGUUUACAGUGCUAAGCAACGUCGUUGGCUGCGUAACGUAACCGCUCAUGUUUCAAGUUCGAGGCGCGGAUCAAAUUUCCUCCGGGACGAGAAAAACAUCCAGAUUGUCCCCCGUCCAACGAUGGAUUCCGUCCAGCAGAUAGCCCACAUCGAAAAGUCGCUGGACUAUUCGAUAUUCGACGUCAAAUGGAUUCCCUGCACGGCCAAGUUCGUAGUGAUUGGAUCCAAACCGAAGGGAACCGGACUGCUGCAGAUCUACGAGCUGAACCGCGGUGAGUUGGACAAAGUACGGGAGGUAGAGAAGCCGAAGUCGUUUAAAUGUUGCUCCUUCGGGGCUUCCGGGCUGCGUGAGAAACAACUGGCCACCGGAGAUUUUGUGGGUAAGUUGGCGAUAUAUGACGUGGAACGGUUGGAAGAACCGGUGUAUGAAGUGGCGGAAGCCCACGCCGGAAUCAUCAACACGCUCGAUGCCAUCGGAGGGACGACGGUGAACUGUGGUGCACCGGAAAUUGUCACCGGUGGUAGAGACGGUUCCGUUAAGGUGUGGGACCCAAGGCAAAAGGACACGCCGGUCGCGCACAUCAGUGGCGUUGGGGAGGGUCCGGCCGAAAAGCGAGACUGCUGGGCUGUAGGCUUCGGCGAUUCCUACAACUCCAUUGAACGAUCGGUAGCCUGUGGCUAUGACAACGGUGAUGUCAAGCUAAUCGAUUUACGCGCCAUGAAAGAACGAUGGACCACUAACGUAAAGAACGGCGUUUGUGGACUCGAAUUUGAUCGCAAAGACAUCAAAAUGAACAAACUAGUCGUUACCACAUUGGAAGGCGGGCUGCAUGUGUUCGAUAUGAGAACCCAACAUGCGGAGAAAGGUUUCGCGCAACUGACGGAGAAGGACGCUGGACAAUCCUUGGGCAGCAACGGGGUCAUCAGUGGAUCCAAGUCGACCGUUUGGACAGUGAAGCAUUCACCGCAGAACAGAGACAUUUUUGCUUCCUGUGGAGGAGCCGGUAAUAUUCGAUUGUGGCUUUAUCACUAUCCGGAGAAACGAACCAAAACCACUUCCACCGGGGAAGAACAGGGCGUGGUCGGUUCGUUGGAAAUGCUGAAUGCCACCACAAUCUCCACCCAACCUGUUCACACUUUCGAUUGGAGCCCGGAUCGGCAAGGGUUGGCCGUUUGUGGGGCGUUUGAUCAAACCGUUCGGGUGUUGGUCUCAACUAAUUUACACCUACAUUAAGUUUUUAUUGGGUUUAAUAGGGUUUAAUAUUCUAUCAUAAUUGUAUGUAUAAUAUAUAAUCUUCAAAUAUUGAA